AUGCAACAAGUAGGUCCUCGUUCUGUUCGAUUGACAGUCUUCUCAUCCAUUGUGGACAUUGCUCCUGCAUUACGGAAAGCGGCACCCAAAUUUGAUCUUGAAGUCAUUGAAGACGAAGCGCUCGGAGGAUACGGUGGUACAGUGGACUUUGAUGCCCACAAAAUCCAAACAGCCACAAGAGAACGUCUCGCGCAAGCAGAAGCCUUGGUCACGGAACCAUCCGUGUUGGCGCAACUGUUAAAGGCAAAUCCAGAUGCUCUGCCCAAACUACAGUGGUGUCAGUCCACCUAUGCGGGGGUGGAUCCCUUGUUUGAUGCUGGACUCCAAUUGCCGCUGCCAUUCACCUUGACACGCUUUGCCGGAAAAUUUGGACCACCGAUUGCCGAGUGGUGUAUAGCUCGUAUCAUUGGACACGAACGAAACUUUGCUCUGACGGCGGCCGAUCAAACCAACCAAGCAUGGGCAGGAUCGAGACAGGUAACAACCUACCGGUAUUUGAGAGAUGGCACACUCACCAUCCUAGGAGGUGCUGGAGAUAUUGGAAAAUGCAUUGGUCGGGCAGCACAAGCCUUUCAGAUGCGAGUCGUGGCCCAUGGAAAGACUCCACGGGACAAUGCUACGGGAAAUGGAAUUGACUUCUACACAACGGACCUCAAGCAAGCAUUGCAAGAAGCUGACUAUAUCGUAUCUGUGCUUCCCUCGACGCCCCAAACAAGAGGAAUGUUGUCAGGAGACGUCCUGGCUCCAGCAGGGGGUGCCGUAUUCCUCAACGUCGGAAGAGGUGACGUGAUUGAUGAGCCUUCGCUAGAAAAUGCACUCGACAAGGGAUACAUUUCAGCGGCCAUUUUGGAUGUAUUCACUACAGAACCACUGCCCAAAGAGAGUCCCUUGUGGAAACGAACGGAUGUCAUUGUAUCACCCCAUGUCAGCGGAGUUACUCGGGCUGUCGAUGUCCCUGAUAUUGUCUUGGGAAACUAUCAACGGUAUGCCGAAGGGAAGCCCCUGCAAUACCAAGUCGACUGGUCCAAAGGCUAUUAA